UUAAGUGAUAAAUCAUUCCCGAAGCCCCUCUCUCUAGUCUCCACCGACCGAACGCGAGCUCUUCGUCCUCCUGCCUAUUCCCGAAGAAACCAAGGCAGCGGAAGAUCCGUCUCGAAGCAUCCAAUCCAAGGUUUCGACUCUACACUACUCCACCCCGCCGCCGCCUCCCCGACUGCCACAAGAUCCACCGGGCCGUCUAUUUCUCGGGCGCAGAAGGGGUUAACCUUCUGGUUGGAAACCAUGUACUUCGAAGGCUAUGGUUACCGUGGAAGCACUUUCGAGCAUACAUAUCGCUGCUACCCUGCAUCUUUCAUUGACAAGCCACAACUUGAGGCUGGUGACAAAAUUAUUAUGCCACCAUCGUCUCUUGAUCGUCUUGCAUCUCUGCAUAUUGAAUAUCCUAUGCUAUUUGAAGUCCACAAUGCAGCAGCAGAACGGACUUCACAUUGUGGUGUACUGGAGUUUAUUGCAGAAGAAGGCAUGAUCUACAUGCCAUAUUGGAUGAUGCAAAAUCUUCUUCUGCAAGAGGGAGAUAUGGUGUUUAUAAAAAAUGCCAAUCUCCCAAAGGGAACGUAUGUGAAGUUGCAGCCUCAUACAACAGAUUUCUUAGAUAUCUCAAACCCCAAAGCAAUCUUGGAGAAAACUUUGCGAAACUUUUCUUGUCUAACCACAGGUGACAGCAUUAUGGUAGCAUAUAAUAACAAGAAGUACUACAUUGAUAUAGUGGAAACAAAGCCUUCCAAUGCUAUAAGUAUUAUUGAGACUGAUUGUGAGGUUGACUUCGCUCCACCACUUGACUAUAAAGAACCAGAGCCACCAAAAUCUGCUGUUCCUCCAAACACAGACCCUGCUUCUGAGGCUCCAGUUGAAGAAGAACCGAAGUUCAUCCCGUUCACUGGUUCAGGAAGGCGUCUGGAUGGAAAGCCUUCUAAAGAUAAAGAUGUACUGGCCUCAUCCCCUGCAAAGCGGCAAGCUAAAGCAACCAACGGUGUGCAGCCCUCAACAGCCUCCAUAUCACAGAGUAGUUCGUCACGCAAAACCACAGGAAAGCUUGUCUUUGGCUCUGGUGGAAGUCGAGCAGAUAAGACACCUGAAAAGGAAGCCAAGGAGGAACCGAAGAAAGAAGAACCAAAAUUUGCAGCAUUUACGGGAAAGAAAUACUCAUUGAAGGGCUGAAUAGCCAGAUAAUGUAUUAUAGGUAUUUCCAGGGUAUUUCCAGUGACAGACAUGAUCAGUGAGAAGAGCUUGAUAUGCUACUGAUUUUUUUUAUCCUUAUUCCUUGGGGCAUCUUUGGGUGGAGUAGUGGCAUCUUGAAAGUUCGCCUUUCUUUCCUGUGAACUAAGAUCCUUUCGUCAGCCACAGUGGAGCUACUGAUGUAUAAAGUUAUUCAUGUCUGUUUUAUGGAUUUCUACUGAACUUGCUUGUA